AUGCUCGACAUUGUAGAGAUCCCAACCGAAGCGCUCUUCCUCGAGCGCACGCGCUGCUUAAUGCCGACGCCGAUGCCAGCAACAGUGUCAACAACGAACAAGACCACGUGGUACUUUCUCUUGGUCGACGACAGCGACUGCGCAGUGGCCGCCGCCAUCUUGUCGACGGUCCACGGCCUCUUCCUCGGACAUUCCAUGACGAGCGAUGGCGCGGCAGCGCUGGGGCAGUACAUGGCGCUGCACCAGAUUGCCUCGUUCCCAUCACUCCACGGUGACUUCAACUGCAUGCUCGCCUUUGCUACCGGCUACGAACGGUCGCUUGGGUAUGUGACGGGGAGCAACAUGCCGCAGUGGCUGGACGCGCUCUACUUCAACAGCGAACUCAAGAUCGACUCGUUUUGGAGCCUGGACACAGGCAAGAACCACAACCGUGCGACGACCUUGUGCCGGGCCGAGAGCGAAGGCGGCGCGAUGCUCCGAUGAUUCGUAUUUAUAUUUUCAAAUGCAAACUAUUUUCAUUGCAGCUCACAAAAUGAUAAUUGUAUGCUGCAUUGAUUCGACUGAA